UUGUGAAUUUCCUAUAAAUAAAAAAGAAACGACCGACAAUUUCGAAUUCACAUUAAAUUAAAAAAUAAUUAUACGUUUUACUUUCCUUGAAACUGAAUGAUUAAGUCAGUAUAUAUAAACGUUCUAGUGAAUUGAUAAGAAGCGACGAGACAAAAUCAUUCAGAAUUCAGUUCAAUUCAAAUUAAAAGCCCCUUGAUUCCAGCACUGUGGUGAAAGCACAGAAAUUGUGUGUAACAAAAUUAAUCGAUAGAACAAAAAAAGCAAACACUGAAAUUGCUUAGCGAUUAUUUGGAAAUCAUUUCAAUAGAAUAACGUUGAAAUUGGCAAUUUAAAUAAAAGUCAAGUUUAAUUCGGUUUGGCGAAUUGUUGUAGCUCAGAUAUGUAACAAACAAAGCUACAUUGAUUUGUAAGAAAGAAAAACACCAAUUUGAACAGUUUUGUGCAUCGUACGAAUUAAAAAGAUAUUGCGUUCGUAAAUAUUGUGCUUGCGAGAAAAAAAUACAAGUAAAGAUUGUAUUUAAUACAAUGAAAACAAUUGAACCAUGCGCGAAUACGGUGUAAUUUAGUACAAUCAAUUCAGAAUAAGUGUAUGCCAAACGCGCUAGAAAUGUGUAGCAAAAAGAAAAUUAAUAAAAAAAGCAAACACAUUUGACAAAUUGACGAUAUCAGGAGUAAGAUACUCCCGUAUAUAUAAACAGAGCAGUAAAAAAGACAUAAAGAGAGACACCGAUUUCGAAACGUGGAUUAAUUUCGUUCGAAAUCGACAGACGCUCAGUGCAAAAAUUUCAUCAACAUCCUAACGACGUGCAACAUUGGGGUGACUGAUUUAGAUAAGCAACAUUUGGAUUAUAUGUUAAUGUCGUUGAUUGUAAAUGAUUUGAUCAUUUUCGGAGAGAACGAUUGUGGAAUACAAACCCGUUUAUCAACAAAUAGUUUGUGAACGUAAGAAAACGAGAGAUCAUAAUUGGCAUUUUUCGAUAAAAGUCUCAAACAAAAGCAAACGCAUCGGACUUGAGUGCUCGGUUAGCUGCCGUGACAACUUCUAGAAUGACAUGAUAUGCUUUUUACACUGAAUGUGUAUACACUGAAAUGAAAAGCCAGAUAAUUGACAUUUGCCAACUUUCAAUACGAAUAACACAGUAAACGUUAUACAGUGCUCAAUAUGCGAGUGAAUGUAUCAUCUACUCAAGCAGUGUGUUUCACAUUUAUUUACACCGUAAUCGUAAUAACAGUUGAGAACAAUUGGAUUGGCAGAAGUGUUUGCAUCCGGAAAAUGUACAUGAAUUGUAAGAGCGAAUCACUUUCGUAGACAAUGCAAAUGGAUGAACGCAUUUUUCUACACAACCAAAGUGAAUUCACGAGUAGAAAAUUGAUGGAUGUCACAACGUUCAUAUAUGAAAUAUAGGAGAUGUACCGUGCAUCUAGAAAACGGUCAUGAAAGAAUCAUUCGUAUUCAAGUUGUGGAUGUUAUGAAUUUGCACGGUGCUAAUUGCCAACGUGUAUGUCUCCAUUCCGUGUUCGUUCAUUACUUUUGGGAUCAUAAACCAACGAUCAAUAAAUCUCGAAGGGAUUUUGUCACUCGGCUCGUUUUAUUAUUUUUGUUUUCCUGUGUGUAUGUGAGGCUUUUCAGGAAUUUUGAUAAACUCUCGCGUAUUUUGUUGCAAUCUUUUGCUAAUGCUUGUUUCUGAAUUUUCACGGAAACACAUAGCAUCGGAGCCGAUUAUAUUGUAAUGUAAAUCGUACGUUGAAUUUGCAUUCACAAGCAAAAAAAAAUGGUAUAACAAACAAACAAUUGGCAAAGAUGUGAAACGAGAACGAUGUCGAGAACGAAAUAAAUGUUUGUUUAAUUUAAAAGAAAUGUUUGAUAUACAAAAAGAGAGAAAGAGGAAAGGAAAAAUGAAUGCUAUGUAGAUUGAAACGCGAACAACAUAUAAAAUUUAAGGGAAAAAUACAAAAUCCCAGGAUAGUUUUGCUUUCAAAGAUUCACAAACAAAUACAUAGAGUAGAGAGAGAGAGAGAGAGAGAGAGAGAAAGAUACACACUCGACGACACGGAUGCAGAGAAUUCUUGAAUACUAGGUGAAAUAUGAGCAUUUGCAAACAAAAGCAAGUUGAAUACGAAUGAAACGGUAAAUAUAUAUAUGAACGAAAUAGAAUGAAGCAAAAACCCCUAUGGUAAUAAAAUAUGACGCGUCGAGCUUAAGAGUUUAUUGUAGUAAUUUUGUGCUCUCCGAAGUGUUGUGCUUUUGACGACGAAUCAGAAGAAUAAAACAGAUAUACGUAUACAAUGAAUCGCAAUUAUUUGCAAAAUGUGAAAUACUUCUAUUAUGAGCGAAAUUCAAACACGUUUGGCAUACACCAUAUCUGCCGAAUGGUUGGUGUUAUGAAAGUGUGAAUAUUUCGAAAAUUGCACACAACAAUGAAAUAAACAUGCCGAAAUUCUCACUUCAGCGUAACACGAAGAAUCGUCAUACAUUGGACUAGCGAGAAAAAAAAAACAGGAGAAACUGGCGAAAAACUCCACAACACAACGACGGUAUAACCUGUUAUUCAUUUUUUAUCUGCGUAAAUUGAGCGAAUGAAGCGAUGAAGGAAGCAGUCACUCGUCGAAAGAAUUAAGCAAUGAAAUAAUGAAUGCCACACACUCGAGAACACAAUUCUGAUAUUCUAAAUUACAUGCUAUCUGAAUCUCUAAGCAUUAAAAACGAAGAAAAUAUCAACGAAAGACCAGACGAGGCGAGCCAUAGAAACAUUUUCACUUGUUUUUUUUUCCAUACUGCACUGGAGAGAAGGAAAAAGUUGAAUCUUGUAUCAUCAUAAUUUUUAUUUUAUUGUAUGUGUUUCUGAUAAAACAUCCACUCGGUAAAUCCGUAUGAGACUUGAUUCCAUUUCGUUCCAUCAUCAAAUCAACAAAAUAAUACAUAGAUUAGGGACUCCAAGCAAAAUUGGUAGUGUUAUUUUGAAAAAAAAAUUGAUUAAUUAUUUUUAUUCAUCGUGAGUAUAAUUUAACAAGGCGAAGAACCAUCCUUUUUUGAUACCAAAAUCCAAGUGAAUCGAAAUAUCAGUGCAUUUCCUCGGGAUCGAGCCGCUCUUCAGCAUAAAAGGGAAUUGCUAUUAAGAAUUCUCAAGUUUUCAUACAAUUCGGAGUGAAACAUAGUAACGAUGAAUUGAAUUGAUGACAAAACACUUGAAAUAUACACUACUAUUAAUAAUAAGUGUUGAAUUAAAAUAGAUAAAACUCUCUCAGCAAACAUAUAAAAACACCAACAUAAAUAGACAUUCGGCGUGUAAGAAGAUAGUGAUUAUCUACCGUUUCAAGAUAAAAGUGAACGAGCAGAAAAAAGUAUUAUAUACUAUAAUUUUAUCAUCGAUCAACGAAAUAAAUAAAACAAAAUGAAUUGCCUUUGUCGACCUUCGAGGACCAUAUCCGUUCGCAUCAUUCUUUUGGAUGAAACUGAUUUUCUGCAUGAGGUUAAGGAUAACCUAACGGGCCAGGCGAUAUCAGAUGUUUGUUUCGCACGACUUAAUUUGAUUGAAACAGCAUAUUUUGGUUUACGCUUUUUGGAUGAAGAGAAUCAAACGCAUUGGCUGGAUCAAACGACAAGAAUAUCGCGUCAGUUAAAAAGCUCCAAAGACGUUUAUGAAUUAUAUUUUGGCGUUAAGUUCUACGCAGCCGAUCCAACAAAACUCAUUGAAGAGAUAACGCGCUAUCAAUUAUUUCUUCAAGUUAAACAAGAUAUCCUGCAGGGCCGUUUACCUAUUUCAUUCGAAUUGGCAGCAGAGUUGGGAGCCUACAUCGUACAAUCUGAGUUAGGUGAUUAUGACAAGCGUCGACAUUCCCCUGGAUAUGUUUCAGAAUUCCGCCUUGUUGCCAAUCAAUCGAAAGAACUGGAAAUUCGAGUUACAGAGCUUCAUCAGCAGCUACGAGGAAUGUCACCGGCAGCCGCUGAACUAAAUUAUUUGGAUAAAGUCAAAUGGAAUGAUAUGUAUGGCGUCGACCUGCACCCAGUUUUGGGAGAAGAUAGUAUUGAAUAUUUUCUUGGCUUGACACCUAGCGGAAUUGUUGUGCUGCGCGAUAAAACUACCGUCGCUUAUUACUAUUGGCCACGAAUAACGAAGGUUUACUUCAAAGGACGCUACUUUAUGUUGCGUGUCUGCGACAAAAACAACGAAAUAAGUACGUAUGGCUUUGAAACCCCACGUAAAUCAGCUUGUAGACAUUUAUGGCGUUGCUGUGUAGAGCAUCACGCCUUUUUUCGACUAGUUCGUGUGUCACCAAUCCAAUCUCAUGACAGCGAAAUGUUUUCCCUUGGAUCUCGUUUUCGAUACAGUGGUCGCACGGAAAAGCAGACAGUAAGAGAGGUACAAGGUAGACCACCACCGAUAUUCAAACGAACUCCGUCGCGUCGCCAGCCCCGACGCUGUUUUGAUGAUGCUUUGGAUAACCGAAAUAAUACACAAAAACGAGCUGCCAACAAACAAGAAAUAAUGUCCAUUUCGAUUCCGCAACCAGCUCAAGCUUUUGAAAGCCCAUAUCGAACGUGCAAUAUACCAAAUAGCUUGUCAAUUAGAAAGUACCCAAUCUAUGGUAAUACAAGUGCGCCGGAUUCGCCACGAAGCACGCGAAGUGCACCUUGGUCGCGAUCUCAACAAAAAGGAUUGUUUGGUGUGAAUUCGAGUCCAAGAUCAGUACGGUCAGCAUCUUCUCGAAAGAGCUCCAAUGUUCCAACACAUCGUGUACGGUCUAGUUCAGUGGAUAGUCACUCGUCAAAUGAUUCAAAAGCGUGUAAAAGGCAGCGUCACCGAAAUCGUCGCACAUCCGACAACGAAAGUGAAUUAUCCCGUAGUUCAGCACGUUCACAUAACUCACAUCGAAAGCGACGUCAUCGUUCUCGUCAUCGUCGUACUGAAUCUGGCUCCGAAAAUGAAGGUAGCCGACGUAGUUUUUCGGGACAUCGAAAGUCAACCGGUUCAAUAGAAUUGCUGGACUCAAACCAACAUCAAUGGCGUGAUGGGGAGCAGCAUCGACGAACAGACGGUUCUGGGCUAAAUUCUAGCAUCAAAAGCGAAAACGAUUAUAAUGGAAGUCACAAGGGUCGCCGACAUAAAAAGAAUAGAUCACGUUCACGGUCACCCGAAGGACGAUCACGAAUAUGGUCAAGUGAACUAGCAAAACAUCUGCAAUUUGGUUUGGUGGAAACGGCUGGCAUGACUGAGGAUCAAUUGCGUGAAAUUCCUUACACUGUUGUGGAAACGCAAUCAACAAAACCGAGAAACUCAUGUGAUAGUUCUAUUAAAGUUCAUGAAAACCAUGCGAAAGAUAGAGUAGAUCGUAUUCGAGGAAUUUAUUUACCAGAAAACCACAAAAUGGACCAAAUCCUCAAUGGGUCGAUAAGAUCAGUAAGCACAGUCAGCUCAAGAGACUGUGAGAGGAACGCAAGCUUGGUUAGGAUGAUGUCCAGUCUGAGUAUGGGAGAUUUUGUAUCGCCGUCAGGAUCUAGCCUAAGUCCUCUGGAUGGGUCCGCACUGAGAGUUUCACAUGAUGUUCAUGUGUCACAUGAACACACUGAUUCUGGACUGGGAGCCGAUCAGGACUAUGCUUAUUCUUCCGAAAGGUCAAGUGACAGUACGAAGUAUGGUACGAACAAAUCAUCAGGCGCCUCAGUGACGUCAGGCAAACAUCUGAAGAAUCAAAGCACGCAGGGCGCUCAUGAUUCAGUGAGUAAUGGAAAACCGCCAUUGCAUCCCAAUCAUCAUCAAAACAUUCACAAUCACAGAACUACUACAUCCAAUCCUGUACAUAAUUCUAACAAUCACCUAAGCAAUAACACCGUAUUUCACAAAAAUCAGUAUACAUUUAGUCUUAAUUGCUACGAUGACAGUGGCUAUUUGGAAUCUACUGGUCCCCUGUCAUCCGCUUCGCUUUAUGGUGAUGGUCCAAGAAUAUCACGUGGCACAAAAUCUGAUAUAGGAGUACCAAUCCGUCAUUCAUCUGCUUCGAAAUUGCAAUUGAAGAGCAGCUCAAGUAUACACCAUAACCGUAACAAAGACAAACUUACGUCCGUCAAAUCUGAUUUUCUACUUUCUUACUUGAAUAAUAACCAUAAUGAUUAUAAUAGCAUUAUGAGUGCGCCAAGAAGUUUGGCACAUAAUCCAAGUGAUCGUUACGGUCUGAAUAACAAUAGUGAAUCAACUAAUUCUACAAAUUCGUCUGCCUAUCACAUAGCUGGUGUAUCUUCAUCAGAUAUAUCCGAAACACAUAAGACUGCCAUCAAAAAUUUUAAUAUAAACUUAAAGUCUACCGCGAAUACGAAUUCAAAAUCAGAUCAAAAUGUUAGCAAAUUACAAUUUAAUGAUGGUUCUGAUCAAUCCACAAACCAAUCAACCCAUACCAUAAACGAACAGCAACGCACUCGCAUUAUCAACUUUCUAAGUCGUUCGCAUGGAUCGUCGAAUACGGAUGCCAAACAUAGUACGUCGUCUGCAUCCAGCUCAUACGAAAAUUGUCAAGCAUCUAAUGUAGUUGGUCCCUUGCUUUACAUUGAUUCUACAUCCGAAUCGCACGGCAACAGUCACAAUAAAAUCAAGAACGAAAUUCAAAAUUACUCACUCAAAAGUAACCCCAGUAACAUUGCGGAUAUGCGAGAUGUAUCAGUAGCAGAGAAGUUCCAUCCAAAAAUUAGGUCCUCACAAAGAUCAAACAGUCUAGAGUUAAUACUAACACCAAUAAUUCAAAGUAUCAGACGCGUACAGUAGUCGGUGGAGAAAUGAGUACUGAGCUGUAGUUCAUUAUGUACGAAUUGAUUUCAUUCUUAAAUAUAGAUGAAAGAACUCAAUUAGAAACGCAACAAAUCAACGAAAUAAAAUGAUCAUCAUAUUAGUGAUAAAAAAAAAGUGUUAAUUCAGUUGAAACAUAUUGGCAAUGUUGGCAAAUGUAUUUCUUGCGUUUAUGAAAAACUCAGAUUUGUAGAAGAAGAGUAUGAAGAAAGUAUGCAAUAUUUGCGGUUUAGUUGAAAAUCAUUAAUUUGUUUAUUACAACAACAAAGUAAACACGUUUCAUGCAGUUCGUACACUGUAUAAAGGGAAUCCAGAUGGCACCAUCAUUGGUCAAGUUCUGUGUAGCUCUCAAUUUUUCCGUUAUGUGAUCACAGAUUUUUGUUUGGAAUAUCAAAACUAUAACAAUCACUUUUAUGGUUCCCAUAAAAAAUGUGAGUUGAAGUUGUGAGAUUGAUUUAUAGAAAGUAGAAACUUAUUUGGGAAUAGUUGUGAUUCAUAUUUCAUUCAUUGUCCAGAAUGUUCUGUUCACGCCAAAUGAAAUCAACUUAUUCAAUACAAUUCUGAACAGUCGUUAACUUUGGUUUUGAUAGCUAUUUGUUGUGUCAGUGUUGGUUUGCAGUCAUAAGCAAAGUGCACGAAAAUGAAUUAUUCCAGGUGAAAAUUUAGUUCAAAGACAUUAUCACUCCAUCUGAAAAUGCGACAAGCAGCAGUCAAUGACAAGUAGCUGAGCAUAUAAACUCAUUAAGCUUAUAAGCUUGAUAAUCCUCACAAAUCUACACUGCAUCUACACAGUUAUUUGAAAUUAAAAAUGAUGUCAAAUGACUCCACACUCUACUAUACUAUAGCCACAUGGUUCUACGUUCAAAACUGUGUGAGAACAGUGUCAGAUAUGCGUUAACGUAACGUGGAUUCAGUGUGGAUUUUUGCUUGGGAAAGUUCAUAUGCUGACAUCAAUUUAUUUACAUUCGAAAUUUUAAUGAAUUUUAUUGGUAAAAUACGAAUCAAACGAACAUGCUCAGUGCUUGUAAAACGACCGAACGAGUAGUGGUUUACAAGAGUGCGCUAGAGCGCACUAGAGCACUUGUUUUGUUUUUUGCUUUUUUCGUCGUUCUUCUUCAGAUUUUUGGCCAAAUUCAAACUUUUUUACGCACAUAUACGGUAUUUGGGACUUCGAUAUGUCUGUUGAGAAACUCUCUUUGUGAUAUCGAAAGAAAAUAAAUUGUGAGAGCUACACAGGAUUCAACCAUAGUGUUCGCGAAUCUACCUGUUUGGUGGUACGACUAUUAUCACCCAUAGAAAUUAACUUUAACAGGUCUACGAUAUCUGUACAAAAAAUGGAUUUAUAACUUUUCUGCAUAAUAUAUAUAUAUACAUCACAGGCCAUAAGUUUGGAUACCCCUAUGAAUGAAUUUGGCCCAAAAUUUUUAAAUUUCAAACCGCUUGUCCAAUUUCAACAUGCUAUACGUCGUUGGAAAGGUCUCGGAGAGUACGUAUCAUUUUUGGUAUUAAACAUCAAAAUCGGCCAGCUUUUGGCCAAGAUAUGGCUGAUUGAAGAUUUCGGCCAAAAAUUACAAACGGCCAUAUCUUGGCCAAACGCCGGCCGAUUUUGAUGUUUAAUACCAAAAAUCACAUCUAAUUUUCAAGACCUUUCCAAUGACGUAUAAAACUUUUUAAUCCGAUGGCCCGUUUAAGACUUCGAUUUUGGCUCCCACAGCUCAAAGGCCAAAAGAUGGCCAUAGGCCGGCCAAAUGUUAUCUUCCAAAUCAUCCAUUCGGUCAGAAUUUCGAUAUAUUUUCAUAUCCAAUACUAAAUUUCAAGUGAAAAUGUUCAAAAAACGUAGAAACAAACGUUUCAUAGGGGUAUCCAAACUUAUGGCCUGUGGUGUAUAUAUACAAAUUGUACGGUAUCUGUAAAGUUUACCAACUGUUGAUAGGUUUCAUACUUUUCAAUCAGCGCCUGUACGAGCUUGUAAGGCACCUCGGUGCAAAAUUUCAGAAUGCGCCUCAUUGGAUUUUGAAAAAAGGGUCCUUUGUUCUUUUUCAACCCUCAACGUGGUGAAAAUUCAUAAAAUAAUAUUGAAUGGAAAAUUGUCAUUUAUUUUGUUCGCAUUUUGGCCGUAAUUUUUGUUAUUCUUACGCUUCUUGCGCCCUGUAGCGCCGCACUCCCUGCACUCCCGCUCGGACACGCAGUGAUUUUUAUACAAAAUUUACAGAUACUGUACAAUUUGUAUAUAUAUUAUACGUCUAAGUCUAUCUGUGUUGCCGAAACCGGACGGUUGCUGCAAGGGCAAUAUACUACAGGCGAUUCUUGCGGCAUCGAUUGUAAUCUGUUGCGAAAUACAUUGUAACACAUAGGAUAUUACUAUCGGUGCCACAAGGUAUCACUAAUGGUAUAUGCUCUUGCAGCAACGGUGUGGCCGAAACCAUGCAAAAGCAUCCAAUUUGAGCUCUAAAUAAACGAUUUAAUAAAUUAUUAUUAUUAUUAUUUGAAGUCAUGGACAAACUUGAGAGGACAGCAAACAUUUAAAUGUAUUCCUUAUUUUUAUACUCUUGCAUAUAAAUAUCAUAUAGAAAUGGAAAAUACAAGCAAAAUUAUUACUAUCGGCAAUUUCAAACAUCAAACUUGGCCAAAUUGUAGUCGAUCCAAAAGUUUCCAACCAUUAAUAGCAUCUACUUCCCUAUACCUCGCAUAUCAAACUAAUUUCUGUUCGUUAGUAUACUCAAUAUGGUAUGCGGGAUAUGUCGAAGGCCUUCAAAACCGAAUUCAAACUUUACAAAUACGAAAUAUUUCGCCACUUACUGCUCUCUUUUACCUUAAGGUACUGGUCCGCACGAUUUAAGUGCUGAAUACUGCAUGGCGGGCUACCAUGCUAUUCAUAGGUUUGACUUUUGUUUGUACGUGUAUGUGUCCGUAGGCAACGAAACGUAAAAUGUAUUUGACGUACAUACACACGGUUGCUCGUGCCAUGCAGUAUUCAGCACUUGAAUCGUGCGGAUCAGUAUGUAAAUGUAUUGUUGAGUGCUCAAUUCAAUUUCGAUUGCCACAAAAUGAUUUAAGAUAAUUUUAAAUAAAUCAAUACGUCAAAAAAAGAGAACAAAACUAAAAAUAAAAAAUCAAUCUUUUUUGAUCCCAUUCAAUUAAAGUAUACUUUCUUCAUAUAUGAAUAAUUUGAGAGUGAUGGAUUUAUGCCGUAGCAAGGCCUGCUUGUUUCUAGAAAGUCAAGCACAUGCUAAUAAACAGGAAUCGAAACCAAACUAAACUGAACCAUUUCGAACGUUCUGAAAAAUGUUUAUACUUGCGUGUAUUAGUAUACAACACUAGCACAGUGACAACACGGUUUAACGUUGCUCAUACAAACCAUUCUCAGAAUGUUCCGCUUGAUAUGGUUUGCUCUGAUGAACAGAGAGCAAAGCAGUGAAACCGUUCCGAAAUCGGUUUGCAUGAGAAACGUCAAACCGUUUUCAGCAUCUGCUAAUAAAGAGUGUAUAUUUACAGCAUCCGAACUAUUUUUAACAAUACAAACACAAUUUGAUCAAAUGACUACACAAAUGGUUGUAUUCACUAGAAAAUUCUUGAAAUUGAAUGAUUGAAAAUAGAUUUGGACAUAUGAUCAGAACCGCGAUAGCCCGCUAAAAAUGAAAUACUCACCUUUAAAUAUUUUUAAAUCGAAAGAAGUCUCUUCCUCCAUAAAGUAGUCACUGAAACAUACUUUACUUUCAAAAAUAAUUUGCUUCUUAUGUAUUUUAAGUAUAAAAAACCGAACCAACGAACUAGGCAUAUUUAAAAAAACAAAAAUCACCAAAAUUAUCGGUGAACUUACUUACAAUUUUCGGUGAACUUACGAACAAUUUUUUUUUAAUCUCAAAUGUAAUAGUUAGAGAAAAGAAGUAAUUGCAAAGGAAUUUUUGCCCAAAAAUUAAUACAUCCAAUGAAUAGUUUUUUGUCAAAAGUCACCUCUACAAUUGCUUUUCAAGAAAAAAUUGUCUUUUAUUGCUUUUCAGUGAAAAAGGGUGAUUUCCUUCUCGAUAUGUAGUCUCAACAGCCGAAAUGUGUAAACAAGUGUUAAUCUAUAACAAUUAUUUAACACUAUGACUGUUCUUCAUACUUUAUACCUAUUUCUGUUUCUUGGGGACUACAGGGCCCCAUAUAUACUUCAUAUGAAAUCUGGACUGACAUAAGAGAUAACAAAUUAGUGUCUAAUGCAGAGUUUUAAUACUCGAGGUUUGCUAUAAUUUUGCUGCUCUCCUAUCAGUUCCGCAAAUAAACGCGAAAAUCGCGAAAUUUUCCCACCUCAUUUUAAGUGAAGCUGAUAAGAAGUAAAAGACUUGCCUCUUCGGCAGAAAUGUGGAGCAGAGUUAUUACAACUCUGCCACAGACACCAAGUCGUUAUCUCUUAUCAGUUACGCGAAAAAAUGAUGAGAAAAAAUUCGCUUUUUUCACGGUUUUCGCGUAACUGAUAAGAGAAAAGAGAUAAAGACUUGAUGUCUACGACGAAGUUGUAGUACAUAAACUAGGCUACAACUCUACCACAGACACCAAGUCAAUAUCUCUUAUCAUAGUCCAUUUAUAAUAUAAAAUAGUCAUGGUGCCCUGUAGUCCCCAAGAAACAACAGCGUAACAUGUUUUGCGGAAUAUGUCAUUCGUGUAGAGAAAUGUUCAAUCUAUACAAUGAGACUUAACCUUGGUUGGUUUAUACAUAUAUAGUACUGUUUAGUACUUUUAUUCAACUUUCAAGUUCGCUUGGGGCCCUGGAUUCCCCAGAAACAGUCAUAGUGUUAAAGCCAAUAAGCAAUCUGAUGAAAAAAGAUAGUUAUGUACGUUGGUUUCAAUCACACCUAUAUGUUCGCUGUUUCGGUUCAUGGUUGAUAGACCACAGCAACACACAAGGAAUUAAAAUCUAUCAUUGAACACAUUGUUAUGUAAUAGUUCAGUGUGUGAAAGAUGCAUUGUCCACAAAGAACAUGUGGUGUGAUUAGUUUGGUUGCAUUAACUUAUGUCAACAGCGCGAGGUGUUAAUACUCUCAAAUUAGCAAUGUAUUAGUUUACUAUGGAUUUAAAAACAGUGUAGUAAAUAUGAAUACAUUGCUAUUAGUGACAUUUCUUAAGUAGGUAUUUGUCUGUGAAGGUAAAAAUGUCUAAUCUCUUUGUUUAGUGUGGGAUAGAAACAUCGCAUAAAAAUAUCGGUGCCGGUAUUCUGGAACACAAUCCGCAAAAAUCAUGCGGAAUUAUCUCGAACGUUCAAUUGAAUUUUUAGGAGUGGAAAGAUAACGUUCAAUCAACAUCUCACAUACAUUUUUGAAUUGAACGUUUCCCUUCCACUUCCAAAAAUCCAACUGAACGUUCGAAAUAUUUCCGCAUGAUUUUUGCGGAUUGUGUUCCAGAAUACCGGCACUGAUAUUUUUCGCGCGUUGCGUUCCAUUCCGUUCCGUGAGAAUUGAAAGAAGAAGUGAGCGAGACAUGUGUAUGCACGCUUCGCGCAGCUCAUCGUUAGUGUGGAGAGUUCAACACAAAAAAGCAAUUCUGUAGACACAGAAUCGCUGUUUUCGUUAUACUCUUCACAAUGACGACGAUGACGAUGAAUGCAAAUGCACGUACAUGUCUUUCAACUCUCUUCGUGCUAUAUUCAUGCAGUACACUGAACACAACGCGCGAAAAAUAUCAGAUAUUUUUCAACUCUGAAUGAAAAUUAUCCCAUAUAGUAUUCUUUGUUUAGUAUAAGGCUAAAUAGUGUCCAAAUGUUCUUUGCCAUUGUGUCUCGUACAAUGACAAUAAAAUACCCGUACAAUAACUGAUAUUCUUUCAGGAAACAUUCCAAUUGUCCAAUUGUUCAAUUCAUACUAUGAACAAUACGCGAGGCUGCUUCCCAAUAUGUUUCAUUUAGACCUAAUUUAUACCUUGAACCAGGAGAGAAGAAUGGUUGAGAUUUUUGGUACAAUGGAUUUUUUUUUCGUGAAAAUAAUCCAAAAUUUCGAUAUCCAAGACAAAAAAUUUUUUUAAGACAAAAUUUGAAUGGAAGAUAAUAAAUUUUGUUCAAGAUAUCUUCAAUUUGGAUUAUUUUUACGAAAAAAAAAUCCAUUGUACCAAAAAUCUCAAAUAUUCUUCCCUGUGUGUAUCUAUCGAAAAAUUAUGCACAUUUUGGCCUCUAAUAAUUACAUAUAAUUUUUUUAAAAUUAAAAUUCAUUCAUCAAAAGUCGAUUUAAUUGAAUGGUACAUAGAAAUAGGAACUUUCAAUAAGCUCAGUGAGUUUCAAUUUAACAAGUUAGUAUGAAUGAUAAUCAGAAGAUUGUUGGCUGAACGCUAGUUAGCAUUAGGACUCAUUAUUUUACAGAUUGACUUGUAGUAAUACACACAAUGUCACACGAAUCAAUGGCAUUUAGCAAUUAAGCUUUGACAUAUUUGUAUUUGACUUCGUAUGUAAUUUUACACAAUUAUUAAAAUAAAAAUGUGAAAAAAGAAACGAAAUAAAAACGUGUCACUUUGCUUAUUUAGUGUAACAGUGUAUUCCAUUCUAUCAUUCGAUCCAGUAUGUGAAUCUUUAUUAGACCAAGAGCCCACCGUACAAACAACUUUUUUUCUUGUGCACUGCAGAAAUUCAUAAAAUUAACA